CGCGUACACAUGCCUUAUACGUCAUGUGCCUUUGGUCUUGCGUGUCAACAUGGCGGCAUCCAUGGCAUCCCAGGCUGCAGCAGUGGGAUUGAGGACAGCUACCUCAAAACACAUACUUCUGGACAAACUCAAGUGCACCUGGUCGAGUCCCAGGAGAUGGCUGAAUCUACAAGAGUACCAGAGCAAGAAGCUGAUGCAAGAGAGUGGCGUGGCCGUCCAACGCUUCUAUGUGGCCGACACAGCUUCUGAGGCCCUGGAAGCUGCAAAGAGACUCAAUGCCAAGGAGAUCGUGCUGAAAGCUCAGAUCCUGGCCGGUGGCAGAGGCAAGGGUGUGUUUGACAGUGGCCUUAAAGGUGGAGUGCACUUAACUAAGGACCCUGCAGUAGUUGGUGAGCUGGCCAAUAAGAUGCUGGGCUUCAAUCUGACUACUAAGCAGACACCGAAAGAUGGAGUGAAAGUGAAAACGGUGAUGGUUGCUGAGGCCCUGGACAUUAGCAGGGAGACCUAUUUUGCCAUCCUAAUGGACCGCUCCUGUAAUGGUCCUGUCAUGGUAGGAAGCCCCCAGGGAGGUAUGGAUAUCGAGGAGGUAGCCGCCAGCACCCCAGAACUCAUCUUUAAGGAAGUCAUAGAUAUUUUUCAAGGUGUGCGAGACGACCAGGCACUUGGUAUGGCAGCUAAUUUGGGUUUCAAAGGACCUCUGCAGAGACAGGCAGCAGAUCAGAUUAAGAGGCUCUAUGAUCUGUUCCUGAAAGUCGACGCCACUCAAGUCGAAGUCAAUCCUCUUGGAGAGACUCCCGAAGGACAAGUGGUUUGCUUUGAUGCCAAGAUCAACUUUGAUGACAACGCCGAGUUCCGUCAGAAGGCUGUGUUUGCUAUGGAUGACAUGACUGAGAGCGACCCCACAGAGAUGGAGGCAGCCAAGUGGGACCUCAAAUAUAUCGGACUGGACGGAAACAUCGCCUGCUUUGUGAAUGGAGCCGGUUUGGCCAUGGCCACAUGUGACAUCAUUGACCUGCAUGGAGGAAAACCAGCCAACUUCCUGGACCUGGGGGGCGGAGUCAAAGAGAGACAGGUGUAUGAGGCUUUUAAGCUGCUCACCGCUGACCCAAAGGUCGAAGCCAUCCUCGUCAACAUCUUUGGAGGCAUUGUCAAUUGUGCCAUCAUUGCCAACGGCAUCACCAAAGCCUGCCGGGAGCUGGAGCUGAAGGUGCCGCUGGUGGUCAGGCUUGAAGGGACCAACGUCCAUGAGGCGAAGAGGAUUCUGACAGAGAGCGGCCUGCCCAUCACUGCAGCGGAAAACCUGGACGAUGCUGCCAAGAAAGCAGUGGCCGCCAUCAAGAAAUAGAAAACUCUGUGAAGCCUCAUGACACUCUGUCCGCCCAUCACCAACGUUCAUGUCAGCCUUAGAUCAUCACCAUCAGACUUUUUCUUGCACAUGCAGACCUCAGAAUCUAAAGCCUUUGUUCUUGCAGGCCUUUCACCGUGAGCAAAUGUUUUUCACUUUCAACUGAGCAUUCAUAUCACACUUUCUAAAGGUGGUGUUUGACGCCUCACGG